UUUUUAAUGUGUGUAAACCCCUAUAGCUACACGUCAUACAGUCGAGAACUCCGGGUUUCCCCGCAGAUACUCUUGAACAGUACAAAUAUUGGAGCAGAUGGAGUGUAAGUCCACACAGCUGAGAGAACAGGUUGAUACAGCUCGACUGAGACGUUCACCUAUUGCUACUUCUGUGAAGGGAACACAUACACAUACACACAUCUCAGGAUGGCUGCUCCUCGUCUCGCUCUGUCUGUUGUUGUGCUGGUGCUGGCUGUCAUCACUGUCACUGAAGGUAUGCGUGGUACUGGCCCCAGGAAAUGCUGCUUUCGUUUCAAUGACAGCCCGGUGCCUAAAGAACGAGUGACCGGCUACGUCAGGACCAGCCAGCGUUGCUCCAACCCUGCCGUCCUGCUGAAGACAGUGGCAGGUCGUCAGCUGUGUGCCAGGCCUUCAGAUGCCUGGGUGAAGGAGAUCAUGACCUACCUGGACAACAAACCCCUCCCAGGACAGGGGACCAUCGCAUAACCAUGGCAACACCACACCCACCAGAAGAGUCCUCCAAGAACAAAAUCUGUCCAGUUCAUGUUUUGAUGCUGCAGCUUUUCAAACUAUAACUUUUAAACUGAGAGGUGUUUUAUACAAAUACAGUAUGUUACUAUCCCCACCGUGACAUCUGCAGGGGGCCAGUCAUAAGCUACACAGCAGUGUACUAUCUAUCUGCAAACUAUAUACAAAGUAAAGGCUACUGUAUACUAAGUAUUCUAAUGUUUUACAAUACAGGCUUGGAUAAAAAUAUGCUGGGGCAAGCAUUUACAUACAUACCAUGUUAAAAGAUGUCUCUGCUAUAUGGAUGUAUAACAUAGCUGUAAGUUACCAUUCUUUUAAUGUUGAUAUUACACCAUAUAUAUCUUUUUACAUAUGUUUUACAAAUCUGGUUAUGGAACUUUUAUCUUACUAUCAAGAACAAUAGGUUUAUUUUUGUUUAAUACAACACUCAAAGUCUGACCAUCAACACUGUGAACUACUGUUGCUUUGUCAUUUCAACUGAGUUAAAGAAACUGUAUAAGACCAAUGCCUCCCAGCUCCAUAUGGUGUCAUCAGUAGAGUAUAAGCUAUGGGCUACACCACUAUUUAUACACUGAACCAUUGUGAGCUCUUUGCCUUGUUUUUUUUUAUAGAAAGUUCAGAGAUCUUUGUUCUAUUCUCAAACAUAUUUUAAACUCAAGUUACUUGCAUAGAUAAGUAACAAAAAAUAAUUUAUUUCUGUAUGCUUAUGCUACAAAUUCUCUUGAAUUAAAGCAAGACAAAGUGAAAGUU